GCUCAUUUGCAUGUCCCCGCCUCGCGCGGUGGCGGCGGCGGGUGAGGAGCCUGAGGCGGUGGCGGGGGCGGCUCCGCGCGCGGUGGGCUCGGGGUCAGAGAAACAUGGCAACAAGGAGAAUUGCACAGGAGACUUUUGAUGCUGUAUUGCAGGAAAAGGCUAAACGAUAUCAUAUGGACCCCAGUGGUGAGGCUGUAGGUGAAGCUCUUCAGUUUAAAGCUCAAGAUCUUCUAAGGACGGUCCCAAGAGCCAGAGCAGAUAUGUUUGAUGACAUUCACAGUGACAGCAGGUAUACUCUGGGUGGGUCUAUAGCUCAUCCUCGAGACACUGGGAGAGAAGGCCUAAGAAGUGAUGUAUUUCCAGGACCUUCCUUCAGAUCAAGCAACCCUUCUGUAAGUGAAGACAGCUACUUUCGCAAAGAAUGUGGACGGGAUCUGGAAUUUUCUCACACUGACUCCCGAGACCAGGUCUUUGGCCACCGAAAAUUGGGACAUUUCCGUUCUCAGGACUGGAAAUUUGCACUCCGUGGCUCUUGGGAACAAGACUUUGGCCACUCAGUUUCUCAAGAAUCCUCCUGGUCACAGGAGUAUAGUUUUGGUCCCUCUGCAUUACUGGGGGACUUUGGCUCCUCCAGGCUGAUUGAGAAAGAGUGUUUGGAGAAAGAGAGUCGGGAUUAUGAUGUGGACCAUCCAGGGGAGGCUGACUCUGUGCUCAGGGGCAGCAGCCAAGUUCAAGGCAGAGGCCGAGGUCUAAACAUUGUUGAUCAGGAAGGUGCCCUCCUAGGAAAGGGGGAGACGCAAGGCCUGCUCACGCCUAAAGCGGGGGUUGGGAAACUUGUCACACUGAGAAGUGUGAGCACAAAAAAGGUACCCACUGUAAGUCGUAUCACUCCCAAAACUCAGGGCACUAACCAAAUCCAGAAAACUACCCCAAGUUCUGAUGUGACCCUGGGGACAAACCCAGGGACGGAAGAUGUCCAAUUCCCCACUCAGAAAAUCCCUUUGGGGCUUAAUCUGAAGGAUAUUCGGCUCCCCAGAAGAAAGAUGAGCUUUGAUCUCAUAGAUAAAUCUGAUGUUUUUUCAAGAUUUGGGAUAGAAAUAAUCAAAUGGGCAGGAUUCCACACCAUAAAAGAUGAUGUUAAAUUUUCCCAGCUUUUCCAGACUCUCUUUGAACUUGAAACCGAAACCUGUGCUAAAAUGCUCGCCUCAUUCAAAUGCUCUUUAAAACCAGAGCACAGAGAUUUUUGCUUUUUUACUAUCAAAUUUUUAAAGCACUCUGCUUUGAAAACACCCAGAGUUGAUAACGAGUUUUUAAACAUGCUUUUAGACAAAGGUGCUGUGAAGACCAAAAAUUGCUUUUUCGAAAUCAUAAAGCCCUUUGAUAAAUACAUAAUGAGACUUCAAGACCGGCUUCUGAAGAGUGUCACACCCCUGCUCAUGGCCUGCAAUGCCUAUGAGCUGAGUGUCAAGAUGAAGACCCUCAGUAACCCCUUGGACUUGGCCGUUGCCCUGGAGACCACUAAUUCUCUCUGCCGGAAGUCUUUAGCUCUUUUGGGACAGACAUUCUCUUUGGCCUCUUCUUUCCGACAAGAGAAAAUCUUAGAAGCUGUUGGCCUCCAAGAUAUAGCUCCCUCUCCUGCUGCAUUUCCAAACUUUGAGGACUCUACCCUGUUUGGGAGAGAGUACAUCGAUCACCUAAAGGCUUGGCUGGUCAGCAGUGGGUGUCCACUCCAGGUCAAGAAAGCCGAACCUGAGCCAGCUCGAGAUGAGGAGAAAACAGUUCCUCCUGCUAAACCUGAAAUUCAGGCCAAGGCUCCAAGUGGUCUGAGUGAUGAGGUCCCCCAGCGAGCAGAUCACAAAGUGGUGGACAUCAUUGACCAGCUGGUCUCACGUGUAGUCGGAGGCAGCCUGUCUCCCAAAGAGAGAGCUCUUCUCAAGGAGGACCCUGCUUACUGGUUUUUGUCUGAUGAUAGUAGUUUGGAGUACAAAUAUUACAAGCUGAAGCUGGCUGAAAUGCAGCGGAUGAGCCAGACCAUGCCAGGAGCAGAUCAGAAGCCAAUGGCAGCAGAGUGUGCAGUCCGGGCCAUGCUAUAUGCCCGGGCAGUCCGGAGCCUCAAGAAGAGGCUCCUCCCGGGACGGCGACGGGGGCUGCUUCGAGCUCAAGGGCUCCGGGGCUGGAAGGUGAGGAAAGCAACCACUGGGACCCAGACCCUCCUCUCCUCAGGCACCAGGCUGAAACACCAUGGCCGUCAGGCUCCAGGCUCCUUGCAGGGAAAGCUGCCCCAGCCAGAUGGAAAUGCUGCUGCCAAGGACUGCCUGCCAGAUCCAGCCGGACCCUCUCCUCAGGACCCCAGCCCAGAAGCCUCAGGCCCAUCCCCCAAGCCAGCAGGUGUAGAUGUCCCUGAAGCCCCUCAGAGCUCCUCUCCCUGCCCGUCUUCCGAUGUUGACACGAAGACCAUGGAGACUGCAGAGAAACUGGCCAAAUUUGUUGCUCAGGUGGGACCAGAGAUUGAACAAUUCAGCAUAGAAAAUAGCACUGACAACCCUGACCUGUGGUUUCUACAUGACCAAAAUAGUUCAGCUUUCAAAUUCUAUCGAAAGAAAGUAUUUGAACUGUGCCCAUCUAUUUGCUUUACAUCAUCUCCACUGAACCUACGUGCCAGCGAGAGUGCCGAUUCUCAGGAGAGCCCUCUGGAGCCCAUGGAAGGGGAAGGAGAGUUUGAGGAUGAGCCCCCUCAGCAUGAAGCGGAGCUAGAGAGCCCAGAAGUGAUACCUGAGGAGGACGAGGAGGACGAGGAGGAGGAGGAAGACGAGGAGGGAGAUGAGGAGGCCCCCACUCCAGGAGGGGCCUCCAGACUGGCAGGAGAGUCCACCAAGUCUGAGGGCUCUGAGGGCAGCUCCCCCGCUGAUGGUCUCCUGAGUGAGGUGGCUGAGGACGGCUCAGUUGGUACACCUGCCCUGUCACAGGCCUCCUCAGGGGCCUGCUUCCCCCGGAAGAGGGUCAGCAGCAAGUCAUUGAAGGUUGGCAUGAUUCCUGCUCCCAAGAGGCUAUGUCUCAUCGAGGAGCCCAAAGUUCACGAACCAGUUCGAAUUGCAUAUGACAGGCCUCGGGGUCGUCCCGUGUCCAAGAAGAAGAAACCCAAGGACUUGGAUUUCGCCCAGCAAAAGCUGACUGACAAGAACCUCGGGUUCCAGAUGCUGCAGAAGAUGGGCUGGAAAGAGGGCCACGGCCUGGGCUCCUGUGGGAAGGGCAUCAGGGAGCCCGUCAGCGUGUACGCGGCAGGCGCCAGGGGCCGGGAGUGGGCAUGGCAGCUAUGCCUGGGGAGAUGAGGCUUUCUGUGGGAUUCUGGUCCUAAAGUCCUUUGAUCUGCAGCCUGGGUUUUGGUUUCCCUCAUGUUGAACAUGGCUUAAAGCAGGUCAUUGACAUAUGCGGGUGUUUGCACAGCUCCUUGCUAUGCUUGCAUAGACAUGAUCGAUCCCUGGCAUUUGGCCACAUUCAUUAUUGUCAUAAAAGCUAAGUGGUAAUUCUGGGUAGUUAUUGCUAAGAACCACUUCCGUUUCCCAGAAACCCUUAGGCAGACUAGCCAGGAUAGAGCACAGCCCAGAGUUUAAGCCCCGUUAACAUCCAGCAAGCAUUUCAGUUAAAACCGAGCUUAGCACCUGCUGGGGAGGCUUGCUGCUAUAGUCAGGGGCUAGCUUCUGAGCAUGCUCCUCAGAAGGACCACAUACCCGCACAGGUGAGUAUCCCUUGUUCCCCAUUGUGAAUUGUGUCUUUACUUUCCCUUUUUCUUGCUGUCACUGUUGUGUGUCCCCCAUACCUCUGUCCCAUUCUGAUGGCUUGGGCUGUUUUCGGCCUCCUGGUGGCCAGGCCCUGGGCUCAGAUGUGGCUAACUCUCCAUUUUGCUCCUUAGGGGAACUGCCUCGGAAGGGGAGGGGUUGGGUGCCGACGGGCAGGAGCACAAAGAAGACACAUUUGACGUGUUCCGUCAGAGGAUGAUGCAAAUGUACAGACACAAACGGGCCAACAAAUAGGUCUGGCUGAAGGAGCAAGCCCUGUGCUCACCAAGCACCGUCCCAUGCAGCCCCCCGUGGGGCCUCAACUCAGGCUCCCAGGUGCAACUGCACGUGGCCACCUUGUGGAAACAAGCCGCCACAGGAGUGGCCUUGUGUCUUGCAUGUGUAAGGGUGACCUGGAAGCUGGUGGUGCAGAGGAUGCCACUCUGCCUCAUCCCUUUCUGAGGGUCUUCAGAUCCUUUUCCUUCCAAAGGCCCUUUGGCCUAUACCCUCAUCUUUCUCCUCUCAUUUUAGUUGCCCUGCCCACAUGUAAUUUCCAACUCAGUUUUGAACAAAAUCAUUCUCUCCCUGAAUAGAUGAGAACCAUUGGUGAGAAAGAUAAGGCUUGAAGCAGCAAUUACUCUUAAAACGCCAACUCUGUCCCGGAUCUGCCCUGGAACCAGUGCCCAAGUAGGUUUGGUGUGUACAUGAAAACAAACAUCUCUGCAGUUUCUGGUGCAGAGGUUCCACCUGCUGGCUUUUCUGUUUCUUAAAAAAAAGAACGCACCAUUUCCAGUCUGCUUUUGCCUUUCCCCCUCUUCCAAAUGCUUUUGGCAGCAAGUCUUCUCGAGGUCUCCCCUGGUUCCCCCAGAAGAUGGGGGUGCUCUUUAAGUGCUCAGGAACCAAGUCCUGUCAAUUUUCCUGUUCCAGGAUGUGUUGCUCUUGAAAAGUGAUCAGUCAGCAAACUCAAUGCUGAAACAAUCACAGAUCAUAUCUUCUCAAAUUUAGAUAAGGAAUAUAAAUCAGUAGUAAUAAGUCUGCUCUGGUACCAUAACCUGUCGGAGUGCUGAAGCUCUUUGAACAAGUGGAGAUACUUGAUUCAAUGAAUGUGUUAGUUAUGGAAUUUCAUCUCUUAAAUGCAUCCCAAAAGACUUAAUGAAAUUUCAGCAGUGUAUUCAGCAGCUAUAUUCAGUGGGGAGUAAUCAUUACACUGAUGAAACUUUCCCCAAAUUUACUUGUCUCUCUUUAGAAUCCACAAAGCAAACUACAGAUUUUUGUUUUUUUAAACCACAUAUGGAUCUCUCCUACAAAGGGGUGGGAGGUGUAAACUCUUUAAGACUCUUCAUUUUCUGCAUGUGUGGCAGUGUAAAGAAUUGUUUUAUUAGGGCCUUUGUACAGAGCAGAAAGGAUCCUCUUGGGGUGGGCUCUGCAGCUGUUUGCUAUUUCAAGGCAUGUGAUUGCCACCCCUUCCAGCUUCUCGUACUCUGCUUCUUGCAACUACAUGUGAAAUUUGCAGGCUGUGGGGACCUCUCAGCCCUUCCUCAUAAAGCAGUAGUGUUGAAGUUUUAAAUAUAUGCUAAAAUCUGGAAAACUUGGAAUCUUGCUGAUACUACAAGCUUGGGGGACACAGCAGUGAGUUACCCUGACAGCCACUUUUAUUGGCUGUUAGGAAAUCCUUGCUUUCUCAAAGUCGCAGAUCUCCUGGGCUGUAAUCCCAGGCUCUUCUAGAUCCAUCUUGCCUGUCUGGUCCACAUUUACCAGCAGAGACAGCAUCAUAGGCCUGAGCCAGCAUCUCACAUACCCACCUGUUGCCACCUUUCUUCCUGUCAGGUGUAGUCCCCAGGUCUCUGCUUGCUUCUGGUCACUUUUGUUGCUUUGGCAACUGACAGAUCCUGAUAGCCCUGGACAUGCUAGAGGUGCCUCAGCAGAAUUGAAACAGCCUGCUGGGGAGGUGUGGCUUGGGGAAACCUCAGCUAUAGGAGUUUACCUUCUUUUCUGAUCCUUCCAGCAGGCUUCCAUGUUUGCUGUAGGUCAGGCAAAGUGAUAGAACUCUGAAAAUAGGGCCUCUGUCUCCCAGGCCUUUCAUAGAGCACCUCUUGGCCCUGAGCAAGGCUUGCAUCCCCUAACGUGGGUUCUGGCUCUUUCUUUCAUAGCUCUGAUCAUCAUAUUCACUUUGUCUUAGUAUGCUCAUUCUUGGCUUUCUCUGCUUUAAUUUAUAAGUAAAAUACUUGAGGAAUUCCCAGUUCCCACAGCCUCCGGCCACCCCUCCUCCUGGGGUGUCCUGUUUGAGCUGACACUAUGAGCCUUUGGCAAACAUCAAAGGGAACACCUACUCACUGAGCCUGGAAAGUCCUGUAAGCACUCAGGUGAUGCUUCUACAGAGAUGGCAUUGAGACAGUGAAAGCGUGGGAGCUGGGGUGGAGUGUGAUGGUGCAUCUUUGUGCCACCUGUCGGCCAGGGACCAGCACGCUGGCCAUCUGUGCCCACCCUUGCUCUCUCCGGCAAAGGCCACUCUGCAGGGAGUGUGCGUGUGAGUGAGCGCGAUGUGCAGUUGCAUAGCCUUGUCAAAGUCACAGUAUCUUUUCUGUCAUUCUAGUUCCAGGGUCUCUUCCAUGAGGACGACAGGCAUCCGGAAAGUGCUAACUCGCCACUUUGGGUGCUUACUGUCUCUGCCUUGUUUCCAUCACUGGAAAUCAUAUAAAGAAUUUUAGCAUUUUUGGUCCUUGGUAAAACCUAGAAGACAUUUGUGAUGUUAUAAAAUGGAAGUUUUGGGGGUUUUUUCUUUUUUUUUUUUUAAUCUAAGAAGUUGUGAAUGUUGUUAAUCACUUAGCAGUUGAAAUAAAUGUAGAGGAAACCCAA